UGGAGGGCUCAACUGGCUCCGCUUCUCCUGGGCUCAGGGAACAGACACCAUCCUGGCAGACGAGAUGGGUCUGGGAAAGACCGUGCAGACUGCUGGUGUUCCUCUAUUCACUGUAUAAAGAGGGUCAUUCGAAGGGUCCGUUCCUGGUGAGUGCCCCCCUGUCCACCAUCAUUAACUGGGAGCGAGAGUUUGAAAUGUGGGCGCCGGAUUCUGUAUGUGGUCACAUACGUCGGAGACAAAGACAGCAGAUCUGUCAUCAGAGAAAAUGAGUUCUCCUUUGAGAACAACGCCAUCCGCGGUGGCAAGAAACCCUCGAAGAUGAAGAAAGAAGCCUCUGUAAAGUUCCACGUGCUGCUGACCUCCUAUGAGCUGAUCACUAUCGACACGGCUGUUCUGGGCUCCAUCGACUGGGCUUGUUUGGUUGUUGACGAGGCCCACAGACUGAAGAAUAAUCAGUCAAAGUUUUUCAGGGUGCUGAACAACUACCCGCUGCAGCACAAGCUGUUGCUGACUGGAACUCCUCUACAGAACAACUUAGAAGAGCUUUUCCAUCUGCUCAACUUCCUCACUCCAGAGAGAUUCAGUUACAUAUAA